UUUCAAACUUCUCAGUAAGCGCAUAUCGAUUCAAGCGCGAAGAAAGUAACCGUCGGCUUUCCACGAGCGUCCUAUUAGUUACGGCUUUUUUCGUUUAAAAUAAUUUGUUAUUUAUAACAAUUAGUAUGGAAUCUGCUAUCGGUCAUCUCGAACAAAGUGUUCAGAAAGCGGAUGGAAAGUUAGAUAUGAUUGCAUGGCAAAUUGAUGCUUUUGAAAAAGAAUUUGAAAAUCCCGAGAACGAGAUUUCUGUGCUUCGUCUGUUACGGUCUGUUCAUCAAGUUACAAAAGAUUAUCAAAAUCUUCGUCAAGAAAUAUUGGAGGUUCAACAAUUGCAAAAGCAACUUUCAGAUUCCCUUAAAGUGCAAUUAUCUCAGGUGCAUGGACAUUUUAAUUUACUGCGCAAUAAAAUAGUAGGACAAAACAAAAAUCCACAGUUAAAACAAAAUUAGAGUACUUCAUCAUUUUUUAUCUGAUGCACUUUUUAUUUCUGGUUAAAUUAUUUUUAUAAUUUUUAGGAUAUUUUGCAAUUAGCAAUUAUUUGCAGUUACAUGACUUUAAGAGGUUUAGAGAUUUAAAAGAGGAAGUAGGUAUCAGUAACAAGAGAAAAAUUUUAAGUUUUUUACUUUCUUACUAAAUAAAAAAUUAGCUUUUCUGACCUUAAAUUAUUUAAUUGAUCUUUAUUUCAUAAUGCAAUAACAAGCAUGAUAAGUUAUACAUAUAUUCAUAAAAGAUAUAUAGUUUAAUAGAAAUAAAAUAAUUAUAACUGUAAAUAUAGAAUUUCUUGCAAUUUAAAGAUAGCUAAUGCUAUUGUAUUUUUCAGUGUUUAGUCGCAUCAUAUCAUAAACAUUUCUGAAUUAGUGGGUUACAAAGUAUAUUAAAACAAUUUUAUAAAUUAUUUUCAUCUCUGUUUUUGACAAUAGUUAACAGGUAGUAAUCACAAAACAAUAUAUUUAUAAUUGUUAAUUACUACUAUUAUGAUUUAUUUUUAUUUGAUUUAUAAAUAGCAUAUAUAGGGAUCAACAGGUAUUAUUGAUAAAUAAUUUAUUUGACUUCCUCUGUAAGUGCGAUAUUUGGGGCCAAUCUAUAUGCUUGUACGUCCACCCAAUAAGAGGACAAGUAAGAUUUAAAGAGAGACAAUUUAGUUUAACGUAGAAAUGAUUUAUUUUAAAUUUAAAACUUAUUAAAAAAUUGUUUUAAAGUUAUGAGAAAAUCAAAAUAACGUUAGUGUUCAAACAUUAAUUAACAAAAUCAAAAUUUAAAUAUAAUUUUGGGAUAUUUAUUUAAAUGUGUAAAAUAUAUAAUUACAGUACCAAAUAUGAUAUAUAAUUUUCUUUUGUCCUAUUGUAUGGGUUAAUAAGAGUUGAAUAUAUAUAUCUAUAAUAGUAAUAUACUGGGUGACAUUAUGAUAAUAUCUGUUUAAAAAGAAAUUUUAUUAAUUGAAUUUUAUGAUAAUGGUUUAUACUUUUAAUUCAAUAUACGUAAUUCAUUAGUAAACUUAUAUAUGUUUCAUAUGAUCAAGUUAUAUCAAUUAAUAAAAGAAAGUCAUAGUUUUGGAUAAAAAUUUAAAAUUUAAGUAAGAUUCCAAUAGUAUUUCAUUACAUACAGAUCAUAGUUUUCAUCUAUUAAGUAAUAUACAGUUAUGUUGGAAUAAUUAUCCGGUAUGUAGAUGGAAUGUAUUAAUGCAUACUAAACCAUUUUCACUUUAAUGAAUGAUUUUUGCAUUCAAUUUGUACAACUGAGAAUUAUUCUUUAUAAUCAGUAAUUGAACCUUCUGACUUUUAGCAUUUUAAAGAAUGAUUAUCUAUACAGAAGCGAACGUUGUUAUAAUUAUAUAGUUUUCUUUAUACCACAUAAAGUUUAUUAUAUGUAUGUACAUCUGUAAAGUAGUAAAAAUGGCAGGCAUAUUUUAUGAGGUAAGGGUAAAGAUAAAAGUGUGCCAAAGGGUGGCAUAAAUUAGAGUAUGAAAAAUAAUAUUGCCUUAAGACACAGGAGUGCAUUUAACAAGCUAUGUAAACUAUGUUGGAGUUAUACUCUACUAUAAUAUAUCUAAGUUGAAAGGUUCAUUAAUGAUGUAUAUGACAUCGUACUUUAAAUUGGUCAAUUACGUGCUUUUCAAGAAAAUGUUUUUUUGACUUUAAUCACAUAAAUUUAUUUGAUUUACCAUUGUAUUUGUAAAUUGAUAUUUACAGUGGAAUAUAUGAUUUACGUUCUAUAUAUUAAAUCUUUUGAUUUUUAGCAUUUAUAUUAAAUUCAAGAAAGGAAGUCAGAAUUAAAACUUAUGCUAAAUGUAUAUUCUCAGACUUACACCUUUAUUUUUUCACCUGUUCUACUUUCCAUAAAAACAGGUAAAGACAGAAAGGUAGACGUGGGUUUGUGUGGCAUUUUCUUGAACGGAGUAACUGAGUUUCAUAAUUGUAAACUUGUUAGAUGUUUUCUUCGAACUUGAACAAGUUCACUUACCUAUUAAAUGUAAUCACUCUUUGCGAGAAACUCCUUUAAGUCAAUACUAAUAAUUCAGGAAAGAAAAUAUUUGUGAUACUCAGUGACUCACACGUUUAUUAGAGCUAAUUUAUAUCUCAGUUAAUUAGUGGUGUGUGUAAUUAAUGAGACACAAGUUUUGAACAGUCGCAUAAAAUGUGUUGUUAACUGAAAAUAUAAAUUAGCUCAUAGAUUGACCUCUAGCCUUUAUCUAAGCAAUUAGAUCUGGUCUAUAUGAAACUGUAUCAGCGCAUACAAUACAUACUUACGUGUAUGGUAGUGACGUCAGUCACAGUCACGUGUAUUUAUUUUUUAUUGCAGCAAUACACGAUAACGAACAAUCUUUCUUUUUUAUAGGAUUGAAGGGUGUAUUAUGUAAAUUCUUACCCAGCAUCACGAACUAUUGUGAAUCUUAAAUUCAUUUCAUUCGUACAAGGUGUUUUUGAAUUAGCAUUUUUGUCGAUAUGAAUAUUUGGUUAAUUCCGACGCCAUUUAAUAUUAAUAUUUUUUAAUGACACAAGAUAUUUUUUAGUUAGUUUCUUAUCUUAAUUGGCACCAAUAAUUAUUAUCGACAAAUUUAUAAUUUAUGCAAAGAAAUACCUACGUGUAUUUUUUAAAAUUUUCAGAUACACGUGACCCUGAUUGUACGACAAAUAGUGUUAAUGCUCGUUAAAAUUGUUUUUUAGAAUAGUUGUAGAUGAUAAGCUAAGAGAAAAAUGGUCUGGAACACAUUUAAAACGUGCCAAAAAUUUUGGUCAAUUAGUAUUAAAUAUACCGCGUGUUUUAUUUCUAUAGAAUUGAACGCAGAUCCUUGGAUGUCUGCUUUUACUGUCUACAUAUCACGUUCCCGCGUUUUUCGAACGCCUAUUUCAUCUUUUUACAUGUGAUACUUCUACAAGUACUCACUGGUCCUUUGUUCACUGAAAAUCAAUAGCAAUUGCAUAUAAAAACAAAAAAAAAAGAAUUAAUAAAAA